AGAUUACACAACGAGAGGGAUAGUCUGCAGCGUUCACACCCAGAGGAGGAGGAGGAGGAGGGGAGGCGCACGAGAACACAACGCAAAGUGUCCGGAACCCAGGAGUCGACAUGUGGCGUCAAGCGUUAGAGAACAGCAGGGCAGCGUUCAAUGAUCACUGGCCGCACAGCGCGCUGGUUCCGGUCGGGGUUGGCGGCGCGGCGGUUCUUUGCUGGCUGUUAUGUGGACGCAGAAGGAAAACCAUAGAGAUGGGGGCUGGGUGGUGGGGCCCCGGGGUGAAGCCCCAGAAGAACGAGGACCCCAGCGUCAGAACUUUCCGUAUCGAGGCAUCUGAGGAGGAUAUUAAGGAUCUCCAGGACCGCCUGGCCCGGACCCGCUUCGUCACCCCCCUGGAGGAUGCACAGUUCCACUACGGUCUUAAUGGGACGGAGCUGCAGAAGGUCGUCUCCUACUGGAAGGACUCGUUUGAUUGGGGCAAGCAGGUGGAGAUCAUCAACAGAUACCCGCACUACAAGACCAGCAUCGAAGGUCUGGACAUCCAUUUUGUCCAUGUGAAGCCCCCGCACCUCCCGCCCGGACAGAAGGCUAUCCCCCUCCUCAUGGUUCAUGGCUGGCCCGGCUCCUUCUAUGAAUUCUACCGUAUUAUCCCGCUGCUAACAGAGCCCCGGAAACACGGCCUGGACCCCGGCGUCACGUUUGAGGUCAUCUGCCCCUCUAUCCCAGGAUACGGGUUCUCCGACGCUUCGCAGAAGAAAGGUUUUGACGCCCGUGCCGCCGCUCGCAUCUUCUAUAAACUGAUGCUACGACUGGGAUUUAGUGAGUUCUACCUGCAGGGAGGAGACUGGGGAAGUCUCAUCACCACAGUGUUGUCGCAGAUGAAACCGGAGUCGGUGAAGGGUCUGCACCUCAAUAUGGUUAUGUUACCUAGGAGCGGCUUGAAGAUGUUUCUGUAUCUGCUCCUCGGCCGUCAUCUCCCUUGGCUGGUUGGCUUCACAAGAGAAGAUGUCAGGCGUGUCUACCCGUACUUUGAGAAGUCGGUGUACGCCUUGCUGCGGGAGUCGGGGUACCUCCACAUCCAAGCUACCAAGCCGGACACUGUUGGCUCCGCUCUGAAUGACUCCCCUGCUGGUCUUGGGGCCUACAUUCUGGAGAAGUUCUCGACAUGGACAGAUCCGGACUUCAGAAAACUAGAGGAUGGAGGCCUGCAGAGGAAAUUCACCCUGGACGAUCUGCUCACCAAUGUGAUGAUUUACUGGACUACGGGAUCCAUUACAUCAUCAAUGAGGUUCUACAAGGAGAAUCUCACACGAGAAUUCCAAACGUCUCCUGCAGCAACGACCCCGGUGUAUGUUCCCACCGGCAUCGCUGCUUUUCCCUUUGAGCUGGGGCAUCCCCCAAGGGUUUUUGCUAAAGAGAAAUUUAAGAACAUCAUCACUUACUCCUUCAUGCCGCGUGGAGGACAUUUCGCUGCCUUCGAGGAACCUGAACUUCUUGCCCGCGACAUCCAAAACUUUGUGUCCAAAGUAGAAAAAAAAUAAAGUGCGUCCCCCCAUCCCCCAUCCUCUGGGUUUUGAUACCUGUCUGUCCUUUAAUAAAGUUUAUUAGCAAUAAA